GACAAAAGGAGUAUGAGGUUACUAACUUUAUGGGAAAAGGGUCUUUUCGGCCAAGGUCAACAACGCCGUGCCAAAAAUGACCGUGACCAAACUUCGCGACUCUAUCGGACUUAUUGACUAUCUUUGGGAUACAUCCAGCAUUUAUCAACGUCAGUGCCAAGCGCGAGUGGUGUCACUAGACGAUACACUUGAUGGUGCUGGACAAGCAUACAAGGCCAUGGAGGAUAAAGACAUUGAUCGGUUUAUCAAGUCGAUUCUAUGUGAGUAAUGUUUCUUUUGCUCUUUUACGUCUCUGGGGCGGGGGGUACUCAACUCAGACCAUCACCAACGUCCAUCUGCCGAAUUUUGACGGGUGGACAGCCUUACCCCAUACUCUUCGUCGGUUUGGUUUUCCUGC